AUGAAGUUCACCGCCCUCCUCAACGCCUUGGCCGCCCUCUCCUUUGGCGUUAGCGCCGCCACCACCAACGCCCAUGACGACAGCGUUGCCUGCGUUGGCGCCUGCGGCCAUGACUACUCCUGCGUGGCUAACUGUUUCAACGACAAGCGAGAUCUAGAGCAACGCCAGUCUGACGCUCAAGAGUGCGUCUUCGGCUGUGCCAAGGAUGACUAUGGCUGCUACAGCAACUGCUUCAACUAG